AUUUUGACGUGUGUCUGGCUUGGGUGGCUGUUUGUGAUUGGUGGAUCUCGAUUGUCUUUAGCAGACAGUUUAGUAUUUCAUUAGAAAAAUAACUUUGUUGAAAUUUAUGGAAUAGUAAUGUAUGACUUCAGAUGGCAUUAUCUAUUUGUGUUGAUUUCGAACUGUGUAUUUAAUUGCAAUGUAUUAAUUCAAGGGACUGAUGUUAAAGGUUUUGAUGAUUCAGUGUUAUUCAAAAUCAAUUGGCCUGGACGAAGUGGAAGUGAUUUAUUCGAUGCAUCAGAUGCAGAACCUCUUUUAGUUGCAACUGAAAAUAAUGAAGUAUACAAAUGUUUAUUGCCACUUUUUCAAGAAAAAGAAAAGGAUUCAAUUGUGACAUACAAUGGUCCAAAUCCCCUGGAACUUCUAGCACCUCUCUUCACUCAGUCAUCUUGUUCAUAUAAAUUGGAAUCAUACUGGACGUAUGAACUCUGCCAUGGGCGAUAUAUAAGACAGUAUCAUGAAGAGCGUGAAGGAAAGAAGGUAAAACUGCAAGAAUAUUACCUGGGAAAGUGGGACAAAACACUGUUUACUGAACUCAAUGAAGAGUUGAAUCAGAUGGAACACCAAGUGAAAGAUCUUAAGGGAGAGCCCAAGUCUUCAGCCUCCCAAGAGGAUGAAGUUCCAAUGAAGAAGAUAGAUGGGUUGAGUGUGCCGUACGUGCAGGUGAACAUGAGCGAUGGCACGGUGUGUGACGUGAACGACAAACCACGGCUCGCAAAAAUUCUCUAUGUGUGCUAUAGCCACAGUAAACACGAUAUCUUGUCACUGAAAGAAACUUCUAUCUGCGAAUAUGAAGUCAUCGUUCUAUCACCACUGCUCUGCCAGCAUCCAAAAUACAAACCUCGAGAAUCAGGAGAGAAUGUCAUUAGUUGCCAUCCUGUUGAAGGAUCUCCAAAUAAACCAAAGAAUCUUAUUGCAAUGGAAGCAGAAAGCUUGAAACUAAGACAUCAGAAAAUUACAGAUGAAAAGUUGCAGAAGGUUUAUGCUGUUUUUUCCAUAGACAGGGAUGGAGAAGGCCAGGGUGCCGAAACAAGAGUACGUGUUGAGAUUCAUCCAGUUGAGGUAACGGCUGUGGAAAAUGACGACUUGCGUCUUGCUCCACCAGUUGAUGCAGCAGAAUCUGAGAGCGUACCAAUAUCAGAUAUGUCACCAGUACUUAGCUUCUUGUCCGGAAAAAAUUGUCUGACUGGGGGCACAGGAUGGUGGAAAUACCAGUUCUGCUAUGGAAUCACUGUGGAUCAAUAUCAUGUGGAGAAAGAUGGAUCAAAAACACUAAUCCAUCUGGGAACGUUUGACAAAGAAAAACAUUUAGAAUGGCUGGAAAGGAACCCUCAUAAGCGUCCCAAGCCUCUGGCUCACCGCAAGCAGAUCAUUCACCUCUAUUCAGGUGGCACACCAUGUGACAAGACAGGACGUCCACGACAGACUGAGGUGAAACUAAAAUGUUUGGAGAGCAGUUCUAGUCCUGGAUCCGUAGCACUGUAUCUUCUAGAACCAAAAACUUGUGAAUACAUUUUGGGUGUGGAGUCACCAAUAAUCUGUAACAUAUUAUCACAAGCUGAUGAUAACGGACUUGUCCAUAUGCCACAAAUGGAUGACCUGGCUGUUGAAGUAACAGUCUCGUCAGAGGGUGAUAAAGAUCAAAGUCAUGAAAUCACCGAUGAUUUUGAUAACACGAUAGCCAACGGAGAUGAGUAGGAGAGUGUUUGGAUUCUAUAAAUAGCGCGCAUUAACCAUAUUUAUUUCCUGUACAAAUAAAUUGAAGAUCGUACAGUCUGAUGUUUGUUCUCUUGCAACUGACCUAACUUCGCUGUUUUCACGUUAAUGCUCAGACAUGUUUUUGGUAAACGUUCAGUGAAUGCCUGUGGAUAAAAUAGAACUCGUGAGGAGGACAGGAAGCGUUAGAACUGUGGCGCGUCGUGUGGCUGUUGUUUAAAAAUGGUUCCAAAUAUACACAGGACAGUAUGUUCUAGAAGUUGACACUUGAUUUUUGAACGUAGGUUAUGGGACUGUAGAAGCGGUCUCGUACUUUGUGUCAAAAUCUUGUGAAGCUAAAAACAUUGCUGUCCUCUGGAUCUGCGACAUUGUCAGAAUCCUGUCUUUGAACUUGAUCAUAAUAUUUCGGACAUAUUCCGUGGUAUACCGCACUCCUAUUUCUAGCUAAGGAUUAUGUAGUAGACUCUUUACCUGAAUGUACUAUUUUUUACGUGCCAGAGAGACUUCAUGAUUUUAUCAACAUGCCAAUUAUAGGCCACAUAUUCCUUCCUGAUUUGCAGUGUUUUAGUCUGGGUAUAAUAUUUGUUUUUGGAACCUCGCUGUUGAAUGCCGUGACAUAUUCUCUGUGUGUUUUCAGAAAACAAGACAAUCUGCACAUUGAUUUCAUGUCAGACUGAGUAAUUUAAUUUCAUUGUAAAAUUAUAUACUGACUCUAGUUUCCGCUGCUUUCCAUUGAAGAAAGACUACAUUUGUUAUCAACCUGUCAUCAAAUCCAUUGGAUCACACAUCAUCUUAAGGUUUUAUAUUGUAAUUCUAGACAUGAUUUGUAAAUAAAGACAUUGUUUCAGUGA